CAAACAUUUCGGAAAAAUCUUCUUGUGUGGAAAGAAAAUAUAAAAUAGGUGUUUUUAAAGAGUGUAUCGAUUGUAAAAACGAUAUGUUCAGUUGCUGAAUUGAGCUAACGUUUAUAUUCAUCAAAGUUUCCAUAUUGAAACAACAAAAGCGAGCAGAAUGAGUGCUAAAAAGUAUCUGAAGAUGCCUGCCCAACAGCCGACGCAGCCUGCGGCCAAAACAGAAAAGGAAGAGAAAUUAUGGAGCGCACUUAAGCGGCACAUCAUGCGAGAACGUGAACGGAAGAAGCAAGAGCUUGAAGCAGAGGUAGAGGAGGAACGCCUUCGAAGGGAACGGGAGGAACGGGAAAAACAGGACGUGAUGACGCUCGGCGAAACGAAGGAGCAAAUACUGAUGCUGGAGAAAAAUUUGGAUGAGCUAAGGAACGAAAAGCAGCAGCUGUUUUUGCAGUUGAAAAAAGUGCUGAACGAGGACGAUAACAGGAAACGGCAGAUGAAAGAGGAGAUGUUUGCGAUACAGAAUAUUCCGCAGCAAAUAUUUCUACCGCAGCGGCCGAUGCCACCGCAUCAGCAACACAUGAUGCAUAAAGUGAGUCCACCCGAAGUUCUUCUUACGUCGGAACGCAUAUUCACCGACGCUUACCCCAACUUGCAGGGCAAUCCGCAGGUAAAUGCGGCCAAACGCACGCACAGCCCUUCACCGUCCCAGCACAUCCAGGGCUACUAUAAACAGCCCAAUCCGAACAAUCAACCGUACCCGCCGCAGCAGAAGAUCGAGGAAGGUAGACGGGGCGGAGAAGUGGCCCGUGCCGUUUUGUGGAACAAAUCGCAAUACUGUCCUCCGGUUGGUUUCUAUCCCGGAACGCCACCCACGAACCCGCAGGAUGGCCGGCAGCCGCCGCCACAGAUUUUGUACCCGUACCAGAGCAGCCUAACGAUUCCCAUGCGCCAAUACGUCGACAUACCGUCCCAGCCGGGACCGCCAACGCAACCGAAACCCGAACAGCUGGUCGUCAGCGGUAAGGUGGGUCCGCUGCCACCGUCCCAGGCAAACAUUUACCACAUCAGUCUGGAUCAGACGGCGGUCGCGAUCCACAGCCAGCAGCCCCCACCGCAGAUGAAAACGAUCACGAUCGAGAAGAUACCGCAGGAGCGCAUUGUACCGUACCAUAUCGAGCUGCAGGCGAAGCACGACGAGCGCACGAAGGAUCUGCGGCAGUUGCAGGGUCCGCCGCCACCGUCCCAGCCGGGUGUCGUUGCAACGCAUCUGCCGGAAGGGAUCGUUUAUGCGCCCGGUCUGCGUCCCGGUGCUAUACAGAUGCACACGAUUGCUACCAAUCAGCAAUUACCGAAAGGUGGAAGCAUUACACAGGGCUACCCGUCGGCAAGGCCGCCCCCGAUCAGCAAUCCACAGCAACCGCCACCUUCACAGAUGCAUUACAAUCGCCACCGUUACUGAGCGUGUUGGAUGGGCGCGAUCAACAAGUUUUACUGAGUUGGGUGGUAUAGGGUAAGAAGCGCGCAGUUACUCUUACUUCGGCAUUUAUUGCGCGGCUGUCCUCUCUUGAGGUAAUCUUUAUGUAUUGUCUUACGACAGGAUAACGCCAGUGCAACAUUACAAUGAUAAUAGUAAUAAAGCUAUAC